AUGACAUAUUUAACUGGUAUAAAUAACAAUAAUGGAAACAGGUUUGGUUGAAACAUUUUUGAUCCGAUUCUUAUUGAUAUCUCUUUUUAUUCUUGAUUUUCUUUGAAAUUUAUUUUGAAAAAAAUUCAGCUGGAUGUCAAUAAGAAAAGGAAAAAAAGAGGUUGUACCUCGGUAUGAAGACUAUAUUUAUAGUCGCGAUAUGCCGGUGGAAAAGGAGAAAACGAUUGAGGAAAAAGAGAAUGAUGAUAAUUUGGUUGCUGAAAAAUUCCGCGAUUUUGCCGAUAAAACAACAGCUCAUGGAGCUAAACGGAUUCUGAUAGCACACAAUUCAUGUAGUGCAUUUUUAUGGACAAUGAUUAUUGCGAUGUUUUUGUUGAUGUUUGUGUAUCAGGCUGCAAAACUUAUUGUUAAAUAUAAUGCUCAUGAAAAAAUCACGGAUAUUUCGGUAGGGAGAAACUAGAAAAAAUAAAACGCAAAAAAUGUUGUCUUGUAUCAAACUAGCCUAAAUUCAGGAAAAAUAUGAUCAAAAAUUGAAAAACCCAUGAUGGAAGAAUCCAAAAUUUUUAUUUCAGCUCAAAUUCGAUCAGGUUGAAUUCCCUGCAAUCACAUUUUGCAAUCUCAACCCUUAUAAGAAAAGUCUUGUUAUGAUGGUACCAUCCAUUCGUGAUACGGUAUUAUUCCUAAAAAUUUUCAAAACUUCCUUGACACUUUUUAUUUUAUAGAUGGAUGUAUAUGACAAUGCAAAAACACACAGUAAAUCAGAUGACGAGAAAAAGAAAUCCAAAUUUUCUCGAAAGCAACAUUCCGAUGCGAGUCAACAAAUGGUUCGAGAACUUUUUGCAAAAGAAAUUGAAGAGGGAAUGAUAGAACUUCGAAAAAAUGCGAGUUUGCUGAAAAUGCAAUCAGGAAGAAGAGUCAAAAAAUCGGUAAGCCAAAGAUAAAUGACAUACAUAACUCGGAAAUAUUCUACAUAUGUAGAUUGAUGAUCGAACUGUCGAAGCAAUUGAGGCACAUUGUAAAUGUAUUGGAAGUAAUGAUAUGGAAUGUAUCAGAUUUGAAUCUCCUCCGGGAACUCCGACUUCGAAAUGUAUUUGCACAUAUGAUAAGAUUCAACAAGUUGCAUGGCCAUGUUACAAUUCGAGGUGAGAAUGAAAUAAACACAGGAGCAUUCAAAAAUUUUCCAGCGUUUGGUACAACCAAAUCUGCCCCCUUUGUCAUAAAGACGGAUAUUGUGAAGCUAGUUUACCUGAAGGACAAACAUCCACCGACAAAUGGCCGUGUGUUUGUAGAGAUAAUCUUGAAGAUCCAAGUAUUGAGGUUAGUUUGAACUUUCUUUAAAAUUUGUAAAAAUAUUUGAAUUGUUGUCUAAUUAUUUUUGGUAUUGUGUGUCAUUGCUUACAGCUGAUAGAUGACGACAAGGGUGGAUUUCGAAAGGUAUUCACAAUUUUUUUUCAUUAAUCAAAGUACUAUGUUGGAGGGUUGACUUUUUUUUUCUUUUGUUCGUUUUCUUCAUUUUUGGAUAGUUCUAACGACUUGUAGUGAACAUAGAUUUUUUUUUUUCAAACACAGGAUUUUUAGUAACAGUUUGGCUUUCUACAAACUUCACCGUUAUUAAUUUUGAAGAAUACAAAACAAAAAUAAUUGUAUUCAGAAACCUUAUUGUAUUGGAAAAGCUGGGGAAGGCAAAAUUGAAAUGCGAAAACUUUGGCUGGAAAAUAAUGCGACCACAACAUCCACCACAACCACGACGACUACCACAAUGCCACCUCCGACCACAACAAGUGAGUUUUUUGAAAUUCUGUUAGCUAACUAGAAUUUUUUGCACUCAAUCCUAUGUUAUUUGCAUGUGAAACAAUUUACAGCCACCACAACUCCAAGACCAACGACAACAACAUCUACAACAACUACAACCACGACCACAACGACUCCAGUUCCAACCACAACUACAACAACGACGACGACGACACGUGAGUCGAAAGAAAUGCUUUUUUUUUCAAUCUGAAAAAAUUUUGAAUGCUUGGCAUGUUUUCUUCUAUCUUCACUAUCUAUUUAGCACGACCAACAACAACGACGACGACCACUCGGAAACCAACCACGACUAGACCUACGACAACAACAACUGAAGAACCAACCACUACAAAAAGACGUAAUUUUGCAUGAUUUUUCACAGAACGUGAUAUGAGAACACAUUUUUGAAACAAAGGCUUCAAGAACUUUUGAGUGCCUUCUUCUAUUUUUCUUGAUGAACUUCUAUGCUUAAAAGUUAAAAGAGUUAGAGAAAACGUUUUGAAAAAUUGUUUCACUUUUUUAUUUUUGAAAGUUCCAAUAAAAAAAAUACAGUUUGAAAAUUCCUAUAAGUAAUUCAACGAAUGGAUGACUUCCGAAUUUUCUCCCAUUUUCAGAUGAAUCAAAAAAAAUGAAAACUUACAAGAAAUUCCUUAUAUUUUCAGAUUCACAAAAAUCUAACAUGUUCAAUAAUUAUUCCAAAUUUUUCCAGCACCACCACCACCAAAAAAAGGUCAACGCCCAAUUGUCAGCAACCCGGAAACACUCAAAGCUAUGGGUUUUGAGGUAACUAUACGUUCACCGUUUUUUUCUUUAUUUUCUGUCAAUUUUUCAGGGAAUGACUGAUGGUGUUGCAAUGUUAACUAGGGCUAAAGAAAAUUUGAUGUUCACAAUGGCUGCACUUUCUGAUAAACAAAGAAUUGCGUUGAGUCAAUCGAAACACGAAUUUAUUGAAAUGUGCUCUUUCAAUGGAAAAGAAUGUGAUAUUGAUAAGUGAGUAGGCUUUUCAGUGUCACCAAAGAAUCAUUGAAUUUCAGGGAUUUCAAAUUACACGUUGAUCCAGAAUUUGGUAACUGCUUCACUUUUAAUUACGAUGUCACCAAUAAUUAUACAAGUAGUCGAGCUGGUCCCAUGUAUGGAAUUCGUGUUUUACUUUUUGUAAACACUUCGGAUUAUAUGUCAACUUCUGAAUCAUCAGGUGUUAGACUUGCAAUUCACCCGCCGACAGAAUUCCCAUUCCCGGAUACUUUUGGAUAUUCAGCACCAGUUGGAUUUGCAAGUAGUUUUGGAAUUAAGAAAAAGAUUAUGCAACGUUUACCAGCUCCUUAUGGAGAAUGUGUUGAAGUGAAGAAUAUGACAAAUAAGAAUUAUAUUUAUGAAGGAUAUGAUUAUCAUCCAGAAGGUUGUCAUAGAAGUUGCUUUCAAAACGGGUUAAUCGAUGAUUGCUCUUGUGGAGAUCCACGAUUCCCAGUCCCUAAAGGUUUCAAACAUUGCUCCGCAUUCAAUGCAACAGCUCGUGAAUGCUUGGAAAAGAAUAUUGGAUCAGUUGGAGAUUUUCAUCAUAUCACUGAAAAAAUGGAUAAAUGUGUUUGCAAACAAUCGUGCACUGAAAUAUUACACGAAGUCACAUAUUCCUGCUCCAAAUGGCCUUCUGGUGCAACUGAUGUGAGUUGAUUCCCUGGUUUUUUUCAAUGAAUCUUGUGACCAAAGCAAAAAAAAUUAAAAAAAAAUAAUUUUUAGGCAGAACGAGUGAGUUUAUUGGACAUACAGGUUUUUAGUAUCCCAUUUAGUUCUUCUCCUAACCCUUUGUUCAAAAAAUAUAUAAGUUCUAGACACCAGGCACAUAAUUUUCUUGCACCACACAUCCUUAACAACCCUUUAGUUCAAAGUUUUUGUUUGAGUUCUUUGGAAAAUUUAUCAUUUUGCAGCUCGGAGAUUGCGAAGGUAUGACUGAAGGUGAAUGCGAGCAAUAUUAUCGAUUGAAUGCAGCAAUGGUAGAGGUGAGAAAAAUUAAAAUCUUAAAAAUUAUCCAAAAAUGUGAGCAGCAAAAGAUUUCGCUCCCGGGUGGGCUCGAACCACCAACCUUUCGGUUAACAGCCGAACGCGCUGCCUAUUGCGCCACGGAAGCAGAUGAGAGAGUCUAGAGCAAUGCUAUAUUUACACAACCUUGACGAUGAAAAACUGCAGACAGAGAAAGAAUGUGAAGGAAAAUAGAGAAAUGAAAAAGAGAAAAAGAGAAAUAGUGUGUGGUUUUUUCCUCUGUGCCAUAUUCUACUUUUUUUCGAACCAAAAAUUUUUUUUUCUAAUUUUAAAAACUUUUUUUUUGAAUUCCAGGUUUUCUAUGAACAAUUGAAUUAUGAAUUAUUGCAAGAAUCAGAAGCUUAUGGAUUAGUCAACCUAAUUGCCGAUUUUGGUGGACAUCUUGGACUUUGGCUGGGUAAACGUUCUACCUCUUAAAAAAAAUGUAAUCCAGAUUUUUUUCAGGAUUUUCCGUCAUUACUGUGAUGGAAGUUUUGGUUCUUGGAGCUGAUGUAUUAUCGAUUUGCUUCAAACGACGACACGAACAAAAAUUGCUUCGCGAAAGCACGCGUAGAUCAGAAAAAGCGGCAAAAGAGGAGAAGAAACAAUCAACUGUUGCGACAUGUGCGGAUAAAUCAGAUGCAUUUGUGCAAAUUUGA